AUGCUAUUCAAAAGUACCCUGGAUCAAGUAAAAGCAGGUGUUGCUGCGCAUUUCAAGAAUUGUCCGGGCCAGAAGUUGAACCCGGAUGGGUUCAGUACUGAUGAGAACUUCCUGGUUUGUGGCUUGGAUAUGAAGGCUGGUUCAAUUGCAGUACCGGGUCACAAGGAAGUCUUUGUAGAGAUCAAAAUCCGUGCCCCAGUUGGUACAGCAUAUGAGGCAUGGAAUGCGGAUGCGGUGCUCAACAAGCCGUACUGCAUCCAAGGAGCCCAAGCUAUUGGCGACAGUGGUGAUUGCAUCAAGUAG